GACCUCGCGGGCAACGACCAGUCCCUUCUUCGGCACAUUGUGGUUUUGGCGCAAACCUGGAGCACACCGAUCUGGGUGUGCGACGUGAAGGACGCCUACCUCAACGUGGAGCAGCCCAAGGACGCCCCGGUGGUGGUGGACGCCCCGCUCCUAUGCCCGACGCUAUGGUCCGAAGAGGUGGAAGCUUGGCAGGAUACUGCCAGGGCAGCGCCGGGGAAUGUGGAUUUGGAGGCGCAGGGCCUAGAGGCAAUGAUCGAGGUGCCCACCUUGUACCGAGCGACCUCCCCCAAGGAGAGGAAGGCGGCCCAGGUGCACGUGGACGACGCCAUGCUGACCGGCGACGAGGAGUCUGUGAACCCCCUGCUUGCGAACCUCCGCGACAAGUAUACCAUCAAGGUGAAUGGUCCUUUCUUCCCGGGGGACGAGUUCGAGUUCCUCAAGUGCAGGUUUCGCAUUGAGGCUGCCGGCACCAUCACGGUGCGUGCGGCGGCCCACUUUUACCUGGACAUCUACAACCUGCUGGGCGAGCCGCGGCUGAGGAACACCCCUGGGCCCGUGGGCGACCUGUUCACGACGACAGCAAGGCGCUCGGCCCCACCGACGGCACCCUUUUCAGAACAGUGGUGGGGUGGUUAUCCAGUUCCUGGCCUCAAGGCGGCGGCGCCAACCGAGGGGGCACUCCGCGUGCUCAAGCACCUGGCCGGCUUUAUGAAGGCGACUGAGGGCCACGGUGUGAACCUCAAGGCGGCCAAGGGGGCAUCGAUCAUGAACUUUGCUGCCCACGACACCUACGACCAGCACGUGGUGGAAGCAGUUAGCGACUCCAACUUUGCCACCGACCGCGCCACCCGCAAGAGUCUUUCGAGCGGCCACGUGUAUAUCGACCGCUGCCUGAUGUUCUCCUUCGUGCGCAGCCAAACGGUGGUGACGCUCAGCUCUGGUGAGGCUGAGCUGGUGGCGCUGACCCAGACAGUGGGGGAGAGCAUCCUCAUCCACAAGGCGUGGGAGUUCUUAACUCGCGCCACUGCCGACCACGUUGCCAGGAGCGACUCUUCGGUGGCCCGGGCAAUAGCGAGCAGACUCGGCGUGGGCCGAGUGAAGCACCUCUUGUGGAUACAGCAGUGGGUCCACAGGAAGGAGCUGCGUGUGGCAGCCAUCGGCACUGCCCUCAACCCGACAGACAUGGGCACGAAAAUCCUGUCAGCCAACAGACUGCGCGUGUUGUGCGCUGUGGCUGGCAUGGUGGACGAUGGUGGCAACAAGGUCGGGAAGGAGGAGCUGCAGGCCGAGCUCUACAAGACGAAGCGGGUGAAUGCCAAGACCCUCCACCUGGUGCAGCUGCUGAUGGCCAGCACCCUUCAGGGCUGCGGCCAAGAAGGCUAUGAGGAUGCGAGUGUCUACCUGCUCUUCUGCCUGGACCUGCUCGGCAUUUUCUACGAGGAGUACCCCACGGGUUUCAUUUGCAUCUUUGCGGCCCUCGUGCUCCUGGCGGUGGCGUUUCUCGGCUACCUCAAUGGCGUGCAUUGGAGGAUGACCCUCCAAAUCGGGCGCGGGCCCACUUCAGGGCUUGAGCCAGGUUGCGGUGAGACUGGGCCGGCGCAGACCAACGAGCCCAAGAACAACAAGGACAACGAAAACACCGAGGACGCCGAGGACACCGAGAGCAGCCAGAGCAACCAAGGACGCAGGAACACCGAGAGCAGCGAUAACAACCAAGGACGCAGGGACACCGAGAGCAGCGAUAACAACCAAGGACGCAGGGGCACCGAGCUAGGUGAAACUGGCCGGGGACAACAAGCCGAAGCUCCACUUGACCCCGAGGUGGUGAACCGCAUGAAUGCGUGGAUGGAGGAGAAUGUGCUGCCUCUUUUGGGAGUGGCACCAGAAGCUGAGGCACGGCCUUCGGGAGCCACGUCCUCUCACCAACCUCCACCGGUUCCACCUGGGUACCUUCGGACGACGCGUGGCGUACUGGACCCCACCGGCCUCAACCUCGGCAGGAACCAGUAUGGUGGGGAAGCGUUUUUCCCAAAUCAUUUGCGGAAGAGGUGCGUGCAGGAUACAGACAAGACGCCAUGGGAGACCCACGCACGCGCAGUUCGCCUGAGCAUGUACACGGGUGAUGUCGGUUCGUCCUACAAGUUGUCAACGAUCCCUGUCAACCCGACUGGCAACGAGUCGGAGGCAGACAAGAAUGUCAGUGAACUUCUUGCCAAGGACUUUGAAAGCUUGCCCCAUCCGAAGGAGAAGGGCGAGCAAGGCGAGAGCACGGGUGAGCUGGGCAAGAGCCUGGAGUUCUUGAUGCUCAAGGUCGCCCAGCUUGAGACCCUGGCGGAGCUGCAGCAGACCGAGCUCGGGAUGCAGCAUGAGCUCAUUGAGAAGCUGCAGAAGAAGAUUGAUCCCGAGGAAGCGGAGGUCUCCUUGGCGCAACAGCAAAAGAGCUCCGAGGAGAGCGUGCAGGAAGCCCAUGACGUCUUGAAACGGGUGAUCCAGAAGCACGCCCACCAGCGGCAGCACCGGGAGUACCAUCCCGAAGCUCAGAAGCAGACGCAACCGAAGCCUGCAGUGCGCGAGGAAGAGGAGGCCGAGGAGGGCGACGCCGGCCCGAGAGCCCUGCUGCAAAAGCGCCACAAGCGCCGCACCGAGUGGGGUCCCGUCGGAAAAGCGGUCAAGAGCGGCUGGGACAAUACAGGGGGCAGAGCUGUCAACGAACUCGACAAGCAAAUCGGCAAUGCAGUCGAGAGGUUGGACGGCACCGGACUCACUGGGGGCGCCUUGACCAAGGCCUACACCGCCGCCAAAGACGCAGGGAACGCCGCCCAGUUCGUGGCGAACACCGCCAUCAGCACAGUGGAGAUGGCCGUGGCGAUCCUGACGGGAGGCUUCAGUGACUGGAGCGCAAGUUGCACCAAUAAUCUUCCAAGCGUUGGCAUGAAUGGCGGCGAGCUUUAUGUCAACUUUGGGCACAACUCCUGCUCCAUCUCCCUCAUGGGUCAAAGGGUCAUCGAGGUCUUUGCCAACGUAGCCGGGACGGUUGUGCAGAAGGCGAUGGAGAAAAGCACCUCCCUGGUGCAAACGGCUGGUGACCCCCCCGAUGGUGCCAUCAGUUUCGGCAUGGGCAAGAGCGAUGACGUCCACGCCACAAAGCUGAUCACCCAGUUCAAUGGCAGGGAGACCGACACCAGCUCUUGCUUGGCUUUUGCCCCGAAGAACCGGAGGGGCGGCGGAGUGAGCAAAGAAGACUGGCAGGUUGGCAACCAGAACGAUUUCCUCCAGCUUGAGCCUUGGGCCGUCCCCUGUGACAACACUUGGAUGAAGGACAACUGGAACAGAUGGCAGGGCUACACGUUCUACACUCAGCCGCAGGCCAUCGAGAAGUGCGUCACCGUGACCUUCAGUCUGGGAAUGCAGCCUGUCGUGGCCUUCGUCGGCGGCUUACAAUUCGAGAUCUUGCCGAAGCCUCUCUUCGAGCUGGGCACGACGGUCUGCUGGCCGAACCAACAACCUGGAGGUGUUGACUUGAGCGUGCUGCGAUCCGAGGUGAAGUCUGCAGGCAUCCUGCUCUUCAGCCGCACCUUGCGCCUGACCAAGCGUUUCGGUGGAGGCACGGACUUCGUUUCUUCCAACUACAAAGGUGGCUAUAAGACCUGGCGGACGAAUGCAGGCAUCGCCAGCGGGGAGACGGGGGUGCCGAAGGACCUACUCCGGCGCACCUCCUUCCUGGAGACCAACCAGAGCUACGAAGAAGAGUCCGAGGAGGAGGAGUUUGCCGAAGAGGCCGAAGAAGAUGCCGAGAUGCAGUGGAGGACGGACUCGGAGGAUCUGUACCUGGCGUCCGUAGACUAUGGCGUGAACCUGAACACCUCUGUCAACAAGACCUUCGAGGCUUUCGGCGAGGAGGCUGCCAUGCACAUGGGCACCGAGAGGGUGGGAAAGGAUGUCUUCAAGCUUUUCAGCUUCAAGAAUCCGGGAUUGGUGAACUUCAAGAUCGAAGGUCUCAUGAACGGCAACAUCUUGGAGAUGGGCAUGGAGAUGGGAUUCGGCCCGUACAGCAGUCCUUCAAGGAGGAUUCCAUUGGUGAACAUCGCCCACCAGUUCUCCCUGAUUCUCGCGGGCAUGCCUUUCGUGUCGAGCCGAAGCAAGCUGAAGGCCAUCGCCUCCCUCAACGACUUCUCCAGCAAGGACAUGGGCAAGACUCGUGGCCUGCCCAUGAAGCCAGGUUCCAUCAUUGCAUUGUACAGCCCCCACUGCCGGCGCUUCAUGCAUAUGAACGGCGGCGGACUGGGUGUCACGAACGAAAUGAACGGCCACGGCGUCCCGGAUCACUGGACCUGGGAACGCUUCACGGUCGUGGACGCCGGGAACGGGGAGAUCGCACUGCACAGUGCCACUCACAACCGCUUCGUGGGCCCUGGCGGCGUGAGCCCACAUCGGAACGUUGGUGACUUGCCCCACGACUGGUCUUCAGAACGCUUCACGGUGGUGGAGGUCGGAAACGGCGAGACGGCCUUUUACAACAGGCACCAUAACAAGUUCCUGAACAUGGCGGCGUCGGGUGUGGGAGCCAGCGGGCAUCCAUCUCAUCCUCCAAAGCUACCGGCCGGCUGGACCUGGGAGCGCUUCCGUGUCGUGCCAGCAGAGCGGAUCCUGGUUCCCGGCACCACAAUCGCCCUGCACAGCCAGAUCCACAACCGCUUCGCGAAGAUGUCGGGGGGGAAUAUGGAGCGAAGUCCUGAAAAAAGUGCGGUGGAGAUGCCUGAUGGGUGGGCCUCUGAACGCUUCACCGUGGUGGAUGCGGGACAUGGCCAGAUUGCCUUGCACAACGCCGUCCACAAUCGCUUCGUUGGGGUGGGAACAGCCAGCCCUCACAGGGUCGUGGAUGCUCUUCCUGCAGGCUGGGCCUCCGAGAAGUGGGACGUGUGGCCGGCUGGGAACGGCCAAAUCGUCCUUCACAACAGACACCACAACCGGAUGCUUCGAAUGUCAGAUCACACCAUGGAUGCCAGUGGCCACAUGGAUCCACAUCACUUGCCAGAUGGAUGGACUUGGGAACGUUUCCAGGUGGUGCGGUUGAAGCCGUAUCUUCAGCCGGGGACCACGGUGGCCCUUCGUUGUCCACAUCACGGCCGCUACGUUCUGAUGUAUCCUGGUGCUCCACAGGCCCUUCUGUUGCAGAAGGAGAACCACACUCAGAGCCACACUCAGAACGGCACAUUCCCUUUCGGAGGCUUCGGAGGAUUCGGACUAACGUUUGGCGGAGGUAUAUCUUCUUUCGAUCCAUUCGGAGCAAUAAAGAAGGCUGCAGAGGAGCUAGCUCGGAGGCAACAGGAAGAGGCCGAGGAACGUGCCCGUCAGGCCGCGCUCAGAGGCACCAUAGGCCGUAGCGCACCCCACGGCAUCGACAAUUUCCCAGAUUCCUGGACCUACGAGCGCUUCACGGUUAUUGAUGCCGGCAACGGGCAGGUGGCCUUCCAUAACAGCCUCCACAACAGAUACCUGAAGAUGGACCAGCACCGAAUGCUAGUCAGCUCCCCCAUGCCUCCUGAUGCUUACCCCUCCGGAUGGACUUAUGAGCGCUUCUCGGUGAUUCCUGCUGGUGACGGUAAUUUCGUGUUCCACAACUCUGCGCACAACCGCAUGCUCAGGAUGACGAAUGACAAGGUGGACGCCAGCAGCCACAUGAACCCGCAGGACCUGCCGGGUGGUUGGUUAUGGGAGCGUUUCCAGAUUGUGCCCGUAAGGCCCUACUUGCAGCCCGGCACCGUGGUGGCCCUGCACUGUGGCCAUCACAACCGCUACGUCACGAUGAAUGGGGCUGAGCUCCAGCGAAGCGCGGAGAGGAACCUCAACGACUUGCCUUCCAACUGGGUCUGGGAGCGCUUCACCGUGGUGGACGCCGGAAAUGGUCAGGUCGCCUUCCAUAAC